CUACAGGUACUUUUAUUCGGAAGAGUUUCGGACUUAUUUGUUUUCACUGGGCGGCGUAAAAGUGAUGAUUGAAGAAUUUUGUAUUGCUAGGAUAUUUAAUGCAGAAAGUUUUGUAAAGUUAAAUACAACUUAUAUAAAAUCCCGCUUGACAGAGUAUAUCGUAAAAGUGGGUGUAUCAAAUAUUUUUUAUGCGCGUGAUUUCUGUCCAGAUUGCGCAGUUUUAAAUAGUGCAAUUUAAAUAAAAAGUGCUAAUCAUGAAGCAGAUUAAUGUAUCUGUCAUAGGCCUUUCGGGCACUGAAAAAGAUCGGGGUCAAGUCGGCGUGGGAAAAUCUUGCUUAUGCAAUAGAUUCAUUCGUCCGAUGGCCGACGAUUACUUUAUUGAUCACAUAUCAGUAUUGAGUCAGAGCGAUUUCAGCGGUAGAAUUGUUAACAAUGAUCAUUUCCUAUAUUGGGGCGAUGUACGAAAAACGACUGAAGACGGAGUGGAAUACAAUUUUCAAAUAAUUGAGCAGACGGAAUUCAUGGACGACUCAACAUUUCAUGCAUUUAAGGUUGGGAAAAUGGAACCUUAUUAUAAACGAUGUGUAGCCACCAAGGUGUUUUCUGCUGAAAAGCUUAUGUAUAUAUGUAAAAACCAGUUGGGAAUAGAAAAGGAAUACGAACAGAAAAUUAUGCCCGAGGGUCGUCUGUGUAUAGAUGGUUUCAUUGUAGUGUUUGAUGUUAGUCCAGUGCCCAAUCGGCCAGUUGAGAAGCAAGUUGAAUUUGUCCACAAUAUCAUAACAAAUAUACUGAAAAACAAAAAGCCACUUGUGCUUGUUACCACAAAGAACGACGACGCCAAUGAACUAUAUAUACGAGAAGCAGAAAAAAUAUGUCAACGUAAAGAAUACAAGGGCUUAGUUCAAUUGGUUGAAACAUCUUCGCAUGAAUCUAUAAAUAUAGAUUUGGCUUUUAUACUUCUUGCUCAAACGGUAGACAAAGUAAAAAGUCGCAUUAAAAUAACUUCAUAUCAUGAGGCUGCAAAGUCACGAAAGGAGCUGUUAGACACGCGAUCUGAAGCUGUAACGAGACUUAUUCGCAAUCAGAUAAUUGAUUAUCAUGUGCUUUGGUCGCAGGGAUCCAAAAUACUAGCGCAGUAUAGAGAGUGGACUGAAUUUUUGAACAUUUUUGGAAUAGAAGCUGGCCAAAAGCUCUUCAGGCGUCAUAUGAAAAAAUUACGGGAUGAUCAUUUAAACAAAAAAUUAAAUCAAUAUAUAGAUAAAUUUGCUAAUACACUGGAGUAUCUAUUGCCCGACAUAAGCAGCUUAGGAACUAUAGAUGAAAAUAUAUGGGUAAACGCCAAAGGCAUUUUGCGAACCCACCCCGACUUCGAACAAUAUUUUUUCGAAUGCCCUCAAGCUUCAUGGACCGAAUUAGUUGAUAUGGAAGAAGCAGAAGAUGAAGCUCGUAUUCCAUUUGAUGUUUUGGACACUCCGGAAGCGGAAACAAUAUUUAGAAAUUACGUGAAUGCUGUACAACAAGAUAAGAAGAAAAUAGGAUGGAAGCACCAGUUUAAACUUUUAUUGGAAGAGUCUGGAUUUGUGACCCCGGGAAAACAGUUAUCUGAAGUUCGUGUUCUCUUCAUGGGGCGUGAAUGUUUCGAGGCUUUAUCAGAACAUGACUGUCAACAAAUUUAUGAUAUUCAUCAAGACGAAAUAAUUGAGAAGAGUAAGCAAAACUUCAUAGAACUAUUGCUGGAGAACGCCCAAUUUUUUCAACAGUUUAAAAAUGUGGAUAUCAUUACCCAAGAAGAUGUUCGGGCUAUAACAGAUCUUAUACAGGACGAUUCCAGAUACAAGAUAUUGGAUAGGCUAGACCAGGAGAGAAGAGUGAUCCUGUUUCAGCAUUUAGGCUUUAUACACUGUCCCAUACGCGAACAUUGCCCAUUCUUCCACAAUUGCAUUGACAGUUUAGUAGACGAAUGCUUAGUAGACAAGUCCCCAAAUAAAAAAGGUUCCAGCAACUGGAAGUGUUCGAGCUCCGACAGAACUUUGAAUUUACUUAUUGUCGGGUCCGAGCACCUGGCUAGUGAUUUGCUCAAUGAUAUUCGGAUGUGCACUGGAUCUAAAGGGGAAUACGUGUAUGAGAAUCAAACUUAUUACCUAAAUUAUCGCAUUGCUAAUGGAGAUAUGGAAGCAUUUAAGUCAAUUGACGUCCAUUCGAGUGGUUUAAUUUGUGUUUACUCAAAUCAACAAUCAUUUGAAACACUUAAGGAUAACCUAGAACGCACAUUAUUAUGCAAUUUGGAAUUAGAGGACAAGUUUGAAAAUUUACCCAUCGUUUUAGUGUAUCAACCUCAAGAUUUAAAAGAAAAUGAAGUUGAGUACCUGCGUAAUGAAGGAUUACGAUUGUCUGAAAUGCUGCAUUGCGAUUUUAUUGACCAUCAACAAAAUCAACAAAAAUAUGUUUACGAUAUUCUUAAUAUUGUUAUACUUUCUUUGAGACUUUCAGAAAUGAAAAAUUUAGAUUCAUAUUCCACAAAUCACAUUGAUCUACGUAUACUUGUUUGUAUGUUUUGUGGCGACCAAUACGAUAUUGAAAACAUUGUGAACCCAUUAAUAGCUGAAUCAACAAAUUGCAAAUCGUCAGAACACUCAAUUUUGAUUGACGUGUUCAUAGGAGACUCAAAGAAGCGGAUUGAAUUUAUCCUAUCGUCUUACCAUGGUAUUAAUCAAUAUCGCGAAGAACUGAUUCAUGGGUAUAUCUAUUUUUAUUCUGGAAAACGUAGAUCUUCGUUUGCUAAUUUAAGUGUUUUAGCCGCACAAAAUUCCAACAUUCCAUUACAAAUAAUCGCAAUAACUGAAAGUGGAGGCGCAAAUGCUUUUUUUAGCAGUGAAAUUUGUCAAUUUCUAAUAACAGAAGGAAAUUCUUUGGCUGACAGAUGCAAAGGCAAUUUCAUGACAUUUUCUGCAGAUCAAUAUGUCAAGUUCGCUUUCUACACUCCAUUUUUGAAAAAUGUCUGGGAAAAUAAGUACGAAGUUGAGAAUCUACACGUGGAAGAGUCAAUAACUUUGGACUCCGGAGAAGGCACUUUAGAAAAUUCAGUAAAUCAACUGCCUAGACCACCGCCUCGGCAUGAAAGUUAUAUGUUGUCUAGCACCAUGGGUACGGAUGGAUCUGGAAGUGAGAAUUAUGAAAUGCUUCCAACGCGAUCUUUGAAUUCGCUCAAUGAGGAAAGGGAUAUAUCUCUAGAUGAAAUAUACGAUGACAACGAAAAGCCUAAACACCAUCACCAAAGUAAGUGACGUUAAAAACAUUUAAUUAAAAUAUAUGUAUGUAUAUUAUUUAAAGCUCACCACAAAUCACAAUUAUAAAUAUUUAAUUGCAAAUGCUAUUGAAGAUGUGAGAAUGAAUAGUAACCCUAUUUGUUCCCAUAAUGAAUCAGUUUGUCCAGAUAUUUUAGCAAGGGAUAUUAAAGCCAUUCGUAACAACCAAAAAUAUCAUUGUCUUAUUUAGAGUAUUCAGCAUAUUGUAUUCAAUUGUGGAUAUAAUUUAGCAAAACUCAAAGAAAAGUCACAUGGAAUUCACCGAGGUAUAGAUUAAAAUUCGUUUAAUGGUGAGUCAAAAUUAACAUCCAGAUUGGGAUGAAUAUUGAAAAAAGCUAG